AUGAAAAUUUCGUUUACUUUUGCCACAGGAACAACCUGGGUGCAAGAAAUUGUCUGGCAAAUUUUCAACGAUGGAAAAAUCAGUGUAGAAAGACUGGAAAGGCGAUACCCCUUUUUGGAGAAAAGUCAACUCUUCGAUAGGCCUGGAGACGACUCAGACAAGAAGAAGGUCUCGGUCAAUUCUCGGCCUAGUCCCGGCUUAAUAAAGUCACAUCUUCCUUAUCACGUGAUUCCGAUGAGCAAAGAUGAAACCAAAAGCAGCAAGUAUAUUUACGUGGCAAGAAAUCCAAGAGACGUUGCUAUUUCAUAUUAUCACUUUGUCUUGAGCUUUGGCGCUGACGGUUACUUUAGUGGGACGUGGAAGUUCUUUGUAAAGCUGUUUCUUGAGGGAAAAAAUUCAUAUGGCUUGUGGUCUGAUCACGUGCUACCCUGGUGGGAACACAAAGACGAACCUCACAUCUUGUUUCUCAAGUACGAAGAUUUGAAAAAGGAUCUUUGUGGUAACGUUCGACUAAUCAGCGAAUUUCUUGAGAAGCCACUGUCAGAUGAAAUGAUCUGCAAAAUCACCCAUCAGUGUACGUUUGCAGAAAUGAAGAAACACUCG